AUGGUCAGACUCAAGGUCAAAGCGCACGUCCUUGCCGAAAGCGAGUAUGCGAAAUCGUCAACCUCGACUCAAGCCGUCGGUCGCAAGUUCAUCGUGAUCGUCAGUAACCCGGAGGCAUGGCAUGUAGGUACACUGGCUCAGGAAGUGUCGCGGACUUACAAGCGCAUGUACAAGCAACAACUGGGUCAGGUUAAGAGUAUAAAAGACCGAGAAGACUGCGACCUCGAUCCCGAGCAGCUGGUCUCCGAUGUGCUGUUAGACGAAGGCAAGGCUGCCAGUGACGGCUAUGAUCAAGAAGCUGUCUUCAUUGUUGUACACGAACCAGGUCAAACGUUGCGACAUGAUUCAGUCCUCGACUUGUCACUUCCUCACUACCAGAAUCGACCUCGUCCCACUCCACCGAGAUUCACAGAUACGACUUCGACUUUGGGCAAGCGCACCUACAGCAAUGUUGAGGCUUCUGAGCAGUCGUCGGAUAAGCGGUCGAAGCUCCUUGAGAUUCCUGAGACGCAAGAAGAGCCUGUACCUACGAUCGAGCGCUCGCCUGAGCUGAUACGACAGACUGAACGUGAUGAGGAGGAUGACGAUGUCUUUGACGACGCUGCGGAGUCACAGGACAACUUGAAUGCACAUUCUGAGGCGACGUCAUUCAAGAAGUCGCAAUUCCCACGUACACCUUCCGGCAGUCUACUACCAAACGGGGUCAGCUCCUCAACAGCCGACAAGUUCAAGUCGUCCUCACGAAAAGAUUUGUACGCUCCGCCAGAGUCAGAUAUCGAGGAUUCGCAGAUGUCGCCACAUAAGUCCGAUGCGCGAGAAGCACAACUGCCGCUCUCACCUUCACCUGUAAAGCCACGCCAGGAUGGUGGUCUGUCGCUGACUAAUGGUGUGAGUGCUUCGUCGGACGAGAGCGAUGGUAGCGACGGUGAAGAUGCGACGAGUGACGAUGAGACCUCAGAGCCAGCACCGCUCGAUGUUCCCAAAAUCCGAAAGACUCAAUCUGCCUCCGAUGCAUCGGACAAGAGUACCACGAAAGCUGCAGACAACAAGAAGCGAAAACCUGAGCAGUCGACCGACGAUGCUCCCCAGACCAAUGCUGCCGGCAACAAGAAGCAGAAGGUUGCCGCACCUGAGAAGAAGGCCAAGAACAAGCUUGACUUGCCACCUUCAACCUCUGGUCGCACAUCGGGUGUUGUUUCUGAGCUUGAUAGUCCUGGUGAGCAGCUCUCACAGAACCUUUGGGACAAUGCAAAGAGUGGCUCGCUGGCGGAGGGUGUCAAAAAUGCUCUGGUGAAGAAACCAUUGUCUGAAAUGACCAGAAAUCAGCAAAAGAGGAAGGCGAAGAGGGACAAAGCUUCAAGCUCUGCAUCGACCUCGCGUCCGACCUCAAGCGCUGGUGUAGCCAGCGACAGCAACACCGAUCAGGUCCAAAAACCUACCAAGCUCAAGAAUCUUGCAGAGAAGAUACAAGAUGCCAAAGUUGCGGCCAAGGAUGCUGCAUCAAAAGUGGUCGACAAGGUCAAAGCGGAUCCGCCCAAAGACCCAAAGACUCCUGCGACUGUCGUCCGGUCUGCAUACAUUGUGCCGAACGGUAUGACCGAAGAGCAAUACCUCCAGCUACGCGCUAAGCACGAAGCUACACCUCAGCCGCCCAAGUCGACCAAAUCACACAAGAAGAAGGAACCUACACCAGCUGCGCAGGAGUCGAAGGAAACGCCCGCGAUGAAUAUCAAGAAGGAAGCUUCUCCUGAGCUCACAAAGAAAGCGCCCUCAGCUGUCAAGUCAGCCGCCAAGUCUGUUAAGAAGGUCGUUGAGAAGGCUCCCGAAGUGGUCAAAAAGAAGAAGCCGGCACCUAAGAAAGCUUCCGAGACGUCCACCUCGAAGCCAACUUCCAAAGCGAAGGGUUCCGCAGUGGUGAAGAAGUCCAAGGAUGAAGAGAAAAAGACAAUGCCGCCACCAUCUUCCAAGAAUACUGCAAAGAAGCCUGAAUUGAGCAAGAAGAAGUCUUCCGACAGCUCAUCAUCCGUGGUCACCACCCAAAGCUCGUCUAGCAAGAGCAGCAAGAAGACCUCGAGAAGCGAGUCUCCUGCAUCAGGCGUAAAUGCAAUCAAGGCCGAGAAGGUCUCAAAUCCCACGAAGAAAGUUACGCCGGCUGCUGCUGCCACAGCACCCGCAAAGGAGCAGGAGAAACCUCUGACCCAGCUUCAGAAGCUACGCCAGAAGUUGAACUCUGCGAAUGGCAGCCCAGCCAACAGCCCCGCGCCCAAAGCUGUUCCGGCGAAGAAACAGGCUAAGCCUGCAGCGAGCUCCUCGGAUAGCUCGUCCUCAUCCGACGGCGAGAGCAGCUCUUCCUCAGACGGUGACAGCGACGAUGACAAGAAGAAGAAGAAAGCUUCCAAGAAGAAGAAGGGUGGCGGUGUACCAUUGCAACUGGAUCAUACGGUCCGAACUGUCACUCCUGAGCUUGACAGUAGCAGUGACGAUGAAUAA